AUGACUCAAGCCUCACUUUACAACCAAAAUAGAGGGUGUGGGGUUCAGGUUCCAGAGACUCGAGAGGCUCCAGAGGUUACAGAGGCUCCAGAGGCUCCAGAGGUUACAGAGGCUCCAGAGGUUCCAGAGACUCGAGAGGCUCCACAGGUUACAGAGGCUCCAGAGGCUCCAGAGGUUACAGAGACUCCAGAGGCUCCACAGGUUACAGAGACUCCAGAGGCUCCACGGGUUACAGAGACUCCAGAGGCUCCAGAGGUUACAGAGGCUCCAGAGGUUCCAGAGACUCGAGAGGCUCCAGAGGUUACAGAGACUCCAGAGGCUCCACAGGUUACAGAGGCUCCAGAGGCUCCAGAGGUUACAGAGACUCCAGAGGCUCCAGAGGUUACAGAGACUCCAGAGGCUCCACAGGUUACAGAGACUCCAGAGGCUCCACGGGUUACAGAGACUCCAGAGGCUCCAGAGGUUACAGAGGCUCCAGAGGUUCCAGAGACUCGAGAGGCUCCAGAGGUUACAGAGACUCCAGAGGCUCCACAGGUUACAGAGGCUCCAGAGGCUCCAGAGGUUACAGAGACUCCAGAGGCUCCACAGGUUACAGAGACUCCAGAGGCUCCAGAGGCUCCAGAGGUUCCACAGGUUACAGAGACUCCAGAGGCUCCACAGGUUACAGAGACUCCAGAGGCUCCAGAGACUCCAGAGACUCGAGAGGCUCCAGAGGUUACAGAGACUCCAGAGGUUCCAGAGACUCGAGAGGCUCCAGAGGUUACAGAGACUCCAGAGGUUCCAGAGACUCGAGAGGCUCCAGAGGUUACAGAGGCUCCAGAGGUUACAGAGACUCCAGAGGCUCCAGAGGUUACAGAGACUCCAGAGGCUCCAGAGGUUACAGAGACUCCAGAGGCUCCAGAGGUUACAGAGACUCCAGAGGCUCCAGAGGCUCCAGAGGCUCCAGAGGUUCCAGAGGUUACAGAGGCUCCAGAGGCUCCAGAGACUCCAGAGGCUCCAGAGACUCCAGAGGCUCCAGAGGCUCCAGAGGCUCCAGAGACUCCAGAGGCUCCAGAGGUUCCAGAGGUUACAGAGACUCCAGAGACUCCAGAGGCUCCAGAGGUUCCAGAGCCUGCCGAGUUUCCAGAGGCAGAGGCCUGCCAUAACCAUGAACCAGGAUAA